GGUAGGUAGCGAGAUAAAGACGUACAUAAUCAAUUUAAUUCAGUCUCCUUCAUUUGUCGGAAAGGUCACAAUGAGUUGUAGAGAUUUUCCUCGUAUAAAGACUGUGCGUGCGUACGUAUCUAAGGCUAGCGAGGGGGACCAGGGAGCCGACUGCCAUGACGUCAACGACGAACACUGGAUCAACGGUUAUCCGACGCCGGUGGCGAAUCAGAUGUCAAUGUAUGAACUAUACCAGCCAUUCAGGAAAUCAUGGGGUAUCAAUGCCCUAGGGUCACUUGUUGUUGAGGUGGAGGCAGAAGACGGUUCGACCGGUGUUGGGGUAACUGUUGGUGGAGAACCUGGAUGCUAUAUAGUUGAAAAACAUUUAAGCAGAUUUAUAGAAGGUCAGGAUCCUCGUAAUGUCGAACUUAUCUAUGAUCAAAUGUUUCGCUCGACGUUGAACUAUGGACGGAAGGGACUUCCUAUCCAAGCAAUUAGUGCCGUUGACUUAGCUUUAUGGGAUUUACUUGGAAAGAUAAGGAAUGAACCCGUUUACGCUAUGAUAGGGGGUAAAACAAAGGAACGACUUCCGGUUUAUAGUACAACAUCCAGACCAGAUCUCGCUAAACAGUUCGGUUUCGUCGGUGCCAAAAUUCCGUGUCCAUACGGCCCUUCGGCUGGAAAUGAAGGUUUAAAGAAAAACAUCGAGUUUUAUAAGGGAUGGAGGGAGAAGGUUGGUGAUGAGUUUCCUUUGAGUCUAGAUUGUUACAUGGCUUUGACUGUUCCCUAUGCUACACGCCUUGCCAAUGAGCUCGAACCGUACGGAUUAAAAUGGAUGGAAGAGUUUCUACCACCUGAUGAUUACGAGGGUUACGCUCAAGUACGUGAAAAUCUUCGUGGUUCAAAAGUUUUACUGACCACGGGAGAACACGAAUACAAUCGAUACGGUUUCGAUAGACUGAUACAUUCUAGAUGCGUUGACAUUCUACAACCAGAUAUCACGUGGUUAGGUGGAAUAACGGAAGCAAGGCGCGUGGUUUCUAUGGCAGCAGCCCACGAUACAAUGAUCAUACCGCAUGGGUCAAGUGUAUAUUCUUACCAUCUUCAGUAUGCUUUUACUAACUGCCCAGUGGCCGAAUACAUCAACAUGAGUCCAAAAGGAGACAAAAUAGUCCCAUAUUUCGGAGGACUAUUUCCAGAUGAACCACUGCCAGCGGACGGAUUCAUUGAUCUUCCGGACCGUUCUGGAUUUGGUGUUACUCUGUGCAGGAAGACGCUAAACAGACCAUACGAACGCUCCGCGGAGGAAUCAAAGAAAAAUGCUGAGAGAAAUAAAAAUUACAAAGGACCGAAAACGGCACACAUGCCAUUCUAAUUCAAUUGUUUUUAGGAGACAUAAACUGCGAAAGUGAAAAAAAUUAUCUUUUUAUCUUUUGUUGCGGAAGUUCAUUUAUUCAUUUAGACGUGUAUUCCCUGUUUUCGAUGUCUUAGCUGAAAUUACACUGAAUUAUCAGGGCUACAUACUCUUAACAGAUUUCUAGUACUCAAACUUAGUAUUAAUUCCCGUGAAAAAUGUCAAAACGCUAUCUAAUAGGACGUGUGAAAAGGCAGGAAAAUAUGCGAAUAAAAUACUUCUCAUAUCACAUAAACGUAACAAUUAUUUAAAAUCAGUAAUCAAACAAUCGUCCCGAAUAAAAAUAUAUGAAGUUUUAAGUAGGAUCCCCUCUGUUGUUAUCUACUGCAGACGACAAGAUGAUUCUUUAAAGUAGCGGGAAUUUGGAUAGAUCUCACCGAUAAAUGUCUACCAAACGAGAUUUUAAUGCAUCCGUUAUUUUAAUGCCGACGUAAGAAGCUGUGAUAUCGCUUUGCCGGCGACACCGUUUUCGUUUCACUUCAUGCUCGUCUAAACCCCACCGCUUGAAAUUCGAAGAUAUCUCUAAGAAGGGAUUAUUAUACUGUUUGAAACUGUAUUUUGCACAAUUUUAUAUUUAAUACGGCACGCUUAUACAGGAAUUUACGUAGGUGAUAUCAGUUGUAAAUCAUUUCAAGUUAUAAUUUGUUAUAAUUUAAUGUAAAUUUUAACAGUUGUUUAGUACAAAUAUAUAAUGUACAUUGAUCCGUUAUUAUUAACACUUCAAAAUGAUUAAAAUCUUAUUUAUGAAA